UGGGCGACACUCCAUCGCCUAUAGGUUUCCUCCAGGACCUGAAGCUUUCCCUCUCUCUUCGUCUUCGUGGAGUUCUGUAGUGACCGCAACAGUGCAGUUCUUAGCAGUUAAUGCUGUAGCAAUUGGAAGAUGAUCAUUAGCAAAGGGAAGGUGAUCGGAGAUUCUGGUAAACGAGACCGUAACUGACGCUGUAGUGCGCUGUGCCUUGUCUCCUCCAUUCCCAGGAUUCCAAAAACCUGUCCGUAAGGAACGUCGACCUCCACUACAUUUUUGAUUCUCAGUCCGAGAGCGUGUGCACAGGGCUGUCGAAGCACAGUCGGCAGGGAAGUUUGGCUCGUGGGAUUGAAUAGGAACCGGUUAUGAGGGGGUAUUGAUCGAGGAGUUACAAAUGAAAGGAUUGUGUUGACGAGAAUGGCGACCAAGCGACCCGAGUUGUGCCGCGAUCCUGUUUGGAUGCGAGAUGCAGUAUCGAAGUUCCUCGAGAGCCCUGUGUACUCCGUGCCCCUGUUGGAUUUUAUUGAUGAGAAUUGUGGUAUGUUUGAGGAUUCUGACGAUAACAAGCUGGAGUAUACCAUCGUUCAUGAGAACUUCAAGGAGCUUGUGGAUGGUCUCAUUUCCGAUUUCUUAAGUAGCUUGGGAAUCCCUGUCCCCACCUUUGUUCAGAUGUUUGCCAUUGAAGAGCACUCAUCAUUGUACAGCAUAGUGGUGACAUCCAUUCUCAUCGUGGAUGACUUCCUCCUGUUCAAGGAGAUGAUGCUGAAACGCAAUUUCCAGAUCAGCAAUCAGGCUUUGAGUCGGAUGGCGAGCCAGGCACAUGCGCUACAAGUUCCUGCUGACCUAAACUCUGUCAUAGACCAUCUCUCAGAUGUGUCGAAGCAGCGACAACUGAGUGACAAAGAAGCAGCGAAGUCUCUCUCUUUUGCUGAAGCAUUUCAGAAGCAAUCCAAGGUGAAUAAUGUAGACUUGGAUCCAGUAACUCUCCCUGAUACAAGCCAGAAACUGGUGGAGGAUCAUGCCGGUCUUGGUGAUCAGCGUGAGGAAAGUGACGACGAAUUAAAGGGAAAAGAUGCUAUAACUCAUUCCCUUAACACAGAUCAUGUGACCUUAACACAGAUCCUGGAUCCUCCAGACACUCCAGACAUUUCUUUUCAGAACAAAGAGACGAUCAUGAAAUCGUUGAUCUCAUCAUCAAAUCCUGUAACUUCAUCAAACUAUGAGAAAGAACCCCCCAGGGCUGGCGAAGUCCAAAAUCCAGAGCACAAAAUCGAAGUCUCGUUGCCGGCGACACCUGAGAAUGAAGCUUCCUCUAGGGAGAAUCGAAGGGAAACUACGAGCACCAUGAAGGUAUCCUUUCGGGAGGCCGUAAUCAUGGGAGACCCACCUUUAGAGCAAGAUAGUGAGGAGCUGAUCGAAUGUCUUGACGAGGCAAAAUAUUUGGAUGAAGAGAGGCAAGAUCAAAAUGAGGAGAAAGCUCCAGAGCUCUCGUCUACCACCUAUUGCGAAACAUUUGAAGAUUUGUAUGCUGACAUCAACGAGUGGAAGUUAAAAUCACUCAAAUCGCUGGUGAAUGAUGGAGAUAUUCAGCAACGAAGGCGCUAUUUGCAGCAGCAACGAGAUCGCAUCCUCGCUCACAAAAAAUCUGCCCGAGAGAAGCAGCUUAGAUUCUUCAGGCAAUUUGAAAGCAAAGCUGAAGCUCCAAAUCCCAGACCAAAACGAUCAACCCAGCCUACGCCAACCUUACCUCGAGAUACUGAGGCAAAUAGAAAGAGGGAAACUUUGAGAAAGGAAUUGGCCAGAUGCCUGAAGGAGGAGCUUACAAACAAGACUUCUAGGACGUCAAUCACUUCAAAGCAAAUACAUGUGUGACUGAAGAUUACGAUCACAGAAAUUUGAUGGUCGAUUUGACGGUUCUAAUGAAAAUAUGAGUAAUAAACAGUUUCAGAGCUUCUUUGAAGCUCGGACGGUUACAUUAUAAUCUGAAAGGAAGACAUCAGUUGACGGGAAUGUUCAUACGUUACAUUCUUCUCCACCAAAUGACUCACAUGAGUGAGAUGUAUGUGAAGUCUGAACUAAGCGGAAGUAAAGGCAUUCUGAAACUGCCACGGUUUUCCAAA